CUGUUUAAUGGUGUUGAUGUGACAUUGUGUCACCAUAUGAAUCUGCAGUUUGACAGGACGAGUCGCACACCUGAUACUCAGGAUGUCUCGUCUGUAUUUCUUGUGUCUGUUGCCUCUGCUGUCUGUCACAUGGGCCCACCCACACCUCUCCGCGUGGUCACAUGACAUGGUCAACAUCAUCAAUACGGCCAAGACCACCUGGACGGCUGGUGUGAACUUUCAGAAUGUGGAUUACAGCUAUCUAAAGUCACUCUGUGGAACUCUUCUGAAGGGCCCCAGACUACCUGAUACGGUGAAACACGCUACCAAUAUUGAACUGCCGGACAGUUUUGACCCGCGGAAGGAGUGGCCCUACUGUAAAACCCUCAAUCAGAUCCGAGAUCAGGGUUCCUGUGGGUCAUGCUGGGCGUUUGGAGCGGUUGAAGCCAUCUCAGAUCGCAUCUGCAUCCACAGCAAAGGCAACGUGUCUGUGGAGAUCUCGGCAGAAGACCUGCUGUCCUGCUGCGAUGAAUGUGGAUUCGGAUGUUCCGGAGGUUAUCCGGCAGAAGCGUGGAAUUACUGGACCAGUUCUGGGUUGGUGACUGGAGGACUCUACGGCUCCAAUGUCGGCUGCAGACCGUACACUAUUCCUCCCUGUGAGCAUCAUGUUAACGGCACACGACCCCCGUGCUCAGGUGAACAGGACACACCUGAGUGUAAUGCUCAGUGCAUUUCACAGUACACUGUGCCCUACAUAAAAGACAAACACUUCGGCAUCAAGUCAUUCAACGUCCCUUCUGACCAGAAGCAGAUCAUGACCGAGUUAUACAACAACGGUCCAGUGGAGGCAGCCUUCACCGUCUAUGAAGACUUCUUGCUUUACAAGACAGGUGUAUACAAGCAUGUAACAGGGUCCGUUCUGGGCGGACACGCUGUGAAGAUCCUGGGCUGGGGAGAGGAGAAAGGAACGCCGUACUGGCUGGUGGCAAACUCCUGGAACACUGACUGGGGCGACAAGGGUUAUUUUAAGAUUCUCAGAGGUAAUGAUGAAUGUGGGAUUGAGAGUGAAAUGGUGGCUGGUGUUCCGCAGGUGUGAGGACUGAAUGAACGGGCGCAUGACACAAAUCUGUGCUGAACUGUGUUUCUGGUUUUGUUUUGAUUGAUGCUGGAUGCCCACUGAAAAACCUGAAAAUGUGGAAAUGUAAAAAUCAUGGAAAUUUCUAUAGAAACGAUAUUUUUUCUAGCUGAAUUUUUAACUGGCUAUAAAUUGUUCUUUGCGAGUGCGAUCUCUAUAACAUGCUUUUAAUUAACAUUCUUAUUUAGUGUUUACAAACAAUUGGAAAACAUGGAAAUCCAUUGGACAAAUGUUGAAGUGACUCUAUUGAUUUGUUUAUUGUUUGUAACACUUUUAUAAGAAUAUGAUUGGAUACCAUAAAGGGAAAUAAAUACUGUAUCUUUA